AUGGAAAAGUCCUUUGCUAAUUUAUUAAGACAUUCACGACUAGCUUCAUAUGAUCGAACUUUAGAACAAGUUUAUCAUUCACCACAAACUUAUAGAAAGAUUGGCGAUUGGGGAUUGAAACGUAAUUUACCUACAGUGAUUAAAGCAAAAAAUGUUAUUAUUGAGGCACUGGAUACAACUGAACAUCAGACACCAUGGAAAUCAGGAAAUGAUAAGGUUCUAUUUGUUAAACGUUGGAGAGAGAACUUUCCUAAUUCUCGUAAACCUACACCUCGUAAUGAAGAAGUUGAAUAUAAUGUGGCUAAUAUGACUCCUAUCGAAUUCAAACGAUUUAUAAGAGAAUCAAAAAGAAAAGCAGGCGAUUUCCAAGAAAAGAUAGCAAAGAAAGAACUCUUACCAGAGCAAGUCUUUGAUUAUCUUCAUGCCAACUUUGCAGAAACAACUAAAGAGAAAGGUGGAGGCGUGGUUGGUCCAGAUUACUCAGAAUAUCAUGCUGGAUGGGAUUACCCAGUUCAUGGACGUAUUCUUAAUGCGGAUUAUGGAGGAUAUGCUGUUGGUAUUGGCGGUAUUGUUGCCCUUUUAUCAAAACGUGAUGCUGUUGGAUUAGUCUUGACAGAUAGAAAAGUGGUAACAGUCCAUGUUCAUAAUGCAGAAAUAGAUGAACAAGGUAAACCUAAGGUAGAAGUGACACUUCGACGUAAAGGAGCAGCAUCUUCUAUUCCUCUUUUAAAUGACUAUGAAGGUUAUGGAAGACCUGAUAAAAUGAUGAAUCCUUAUGGAGGCCAACGUCGUAGACAAGCAGCACGUUCAACUCCUCAACCAGAUGAAAAAGUCAGACCUAACUCUCAACACAAUCAUUUAAUGGAUCGUAUAUCUGAUUUAUUAAACAACAAAAACUAA